AUGACAAUGCUGCCAUCACUCACGACCUGUUCGCUUGAAGCGCUCAAGAAGGAACCACGACGUCUGCAGGUUCAGGUAGAAAAUACCGCAGAGCAGCUACGUAAUCUUGUGCUCAAGAAUUACCACGUGUUUAUCCAGAGCAACCAGUGCGCUGCUAUUGUCAAAAAUGAACUAGCAGAGCUGAAGGAAGAGACGACAAAGAUUGAAGCUGCUAUUCCAUUGUUACAGGAGCAUUGCAGUGAAUUUCAAAAUGAAGUCGCGGAGAUUGUGACCAAAUACGGCGAUAUUCAGUUUGUAUUUAAGCAUUAUUUACAGUUGACUGAGCUGCUGGAGAUCCCGCAACUGCUAGAGGCUUGUAUCCAUAAUGAAAUGUUUGACUCAGCACUGGAUGUGAUUCAGUUCACCAAUGAGAUGUUCCGGUCUGAUGAGAACGUGAAUGCGGCAGGCAAUGUGGUGAUUGACUGUCUACUGCAGGAAGUGGCAGAGAUGACUAGCACUAUGCGCGAAAGACUACUGCAAAAGUUGCGUGAGGACCUGCAGUUGGCACUUUGCGUUCGAAUUGUCGGGUAUCUUCGACGUCUGGAUACUUUAGUUGAUAAGGAUGGAGUGGCAGCUGUUGGAUCGUUGGAGUAUGAAAAGAAGCUUAAGGAGGAGUUUCUUGCCUGCAGAAAUGUGUGGCUGGCUUCCUUGAGCCGAGGCAUUUCAAAUUCAGACCCGUAUCAAUACAUUGUUCAAAUAAUUGACAUCAAGCGUGCAACCUGGUUCGACAUGAUUACUCAAUACUCGGCUAUUUUUGGGAGCGAGAAUGUAGACGGUAAAGUUGAUCCCUCACUGUGUCGCUGGGCGACGACAACGGUCGCAAAUUUUAUUCACAUUCUCAUGAAGCAAUUGCCGAAGAUUGAUGACUUCAGUUCGAUUGCGACAACUUUUGAACAGAGUUUGUUUUUUGGAGGGUCGCUGGGCCGCGUCGGUGUGGACUUUCGUGCGGUACUUGUCGUGUACUUUGAGGACCACAUACUGAACUUAAUGACGGAGUCCUGGCGUUCUGCUUGUCGCGAGUUUCAGGAGAAUCUAAACGCACACUCGUUGUCAGCAUCCAGUGGUUCUUCAUUCUUAGCAUCUUCAAAGACACCCAUUGUGAUUGCAUCGUAUCGCUCGUCAGUUAAUGCAAGUGACAGCAGCUAUCCUUCUACAGCUCGUCCGGUAGCUGCCUCUACUGAUAGUGAAGACUAUUCACCACCUCGGUGCCUGAUGUCAUUUCCUAUGCUGGCUGAGUUUACCAACGCAUUGCUAUCUUCGCUGAAUGAGUUGAGACUGUGUACAAUUUUAUCACUGCAGAACCGUUUGAGCAAAAAGUACCAGAGCGCAAUUGGCACGAUGUUGCUCACCAUCGCUGAGUUCGUUAAGGAGAACAGACUUGAUUUACACGCCUCUGCAGGAGAAAGCAACGCUGAUGGAACGAACACGAUUUCAAGGAAUGCGAGGGUCGUGACGCUGACUGAGUCUGUUUGUGCGAUGAACGAGGUUAUUCGUUCUGAGCUCGUGCCAUACCUGCUCAAGUGCUUCCACCGCCUAUUCCCUGUGCCGUCAGCAGCUGCACUCUCUUCCGCCAGUGUAUUGAGCAAGGAAAUCGAUGAUUUUGAUGGGAUCAUGCGGGAGACUGGUUUGCUGACACCAUCACAGUCUGGUGAGGGCAAAACAAAAGCUAUCGUGUAUGAUAGUGCUGAUUUGUCACAACCUAGAAGUCAGAACAGUGAUGCUAUUGGCACCAAUGCAGUCGAUUUUCUUGCAUCCACAAGCUGA